GCAUUCGCCGCUGUUCUCCUCGUUCGUUCGGUUUUCGUAGCUCUAAGCAGAAAAGAGUUUAUAUGUGAGGUGGUGUAUUAUUUAGCAAAUAAAAAUUGGCUAUUACAAAUAAAAAAAUAUCGACAAAGUGAAGUGUAGGUGUGAUAAUAAAAAUUACAACGUAGUUUGGUGCUUGUGCAACAUAUGUACAUGAAUUUUAAGAGUGGAUAUUACCUGGUUUCCUGAGUCAUUAAACCCAUAAGAAAUAUCUUUAUGAAAGCACGGAAAGAAAGUCAAUGAAAUCAAUGAAGUGCAAUAAAUGGACAAAUCCACUGUAUAAAAAAUAAAUAUAUAUCGCUAAAGCUACAAGUAUUUAUUGGCAUGUGCGUAUGUUUUCAUCUGUGCAAAUAUAAAUUUCGUAAUACGUGACCUUUACGUAUUAUAAGUACGAAAUACUUUAAAUCGAUCAUUAAAAAGUGUAAUUUUAUGAGAAACCUCAUAAGUGAGCUGUACUAAUUCAAAUAACAAAUAUGCAUUGCGACAAUACGAAAACAUCAUCAGAAAUCGAACAUGUGGAUUGGAGUACUGGCACCGGCUCUGGUCACCACUACGCUAACGUCAGAUUUGGAUCGGGCAGCAGUCAGGCCUCGCAGAGUAGCGGCGAUAUUUGUCGCAUCUGCCAUUGUGAGAGUGAUCCACAAAAUCCGUUAUUGACGCCCUGCUAUUGUGCGGGUAGCUUAAAAUACGUCCAUCAAGCGUGUCUCCAGCAAUGGCUAACGGCAUCCGAAACGAACGCAUGCGAACUAUGCAAAUUUCCAUUUAUAAUGCACACAAAAAUCAAACCAUUCAAUGAGUGGCGUAGCCUUGACAUUUCUGGAAUUGAGCGAAGACGUCUCUGCUGUUCGGUAUUAUUUCAUUGCGCCGCCGCUUUAUGCGUUAUUUGGUCGCUUUGUGUGCUAAUCGAACGUGCCGCUGAUGAUGUGAAGCGUGGACUGAUUGAUUGGCCCUUCUGGACAAAACUGGCCGUGGUAACAGUGGGACUCACGGGCGGCGUGGUCUUCAUGUAUAUUCAAUGCAAAGCUUAUUUGCAUCUAUGCCAUCGUUGGAAGGCCAGAAACAGAAUACUGCUCAUACAAAAUGCACCAGAAAAAGUGCAUGCCAUGUCGCCACCAUCACCCGCUGUCCAACAUCGCACUCAUCACGAGGGCUCCUGUGAGCCACAUCCCUCUAGCAUUAAUGCGCCCACCGCCGCCGGUGAUGGCCCAAAUGUUGAAAUCGUAGCCAAUGGGGCGUCCGCCUCGAAUGGUUACAACUAUGCCGUCACUGCUGGUGGUAACGGUAGCAUUUCUGGCAGCCUGGAUAUAGAGGGUGCAGCAACAUUACAUCAGCAUCCAUUGCAUCAUUAUCAUCUUCCAGCCGAACAGCGUCGUUUGCAACAGAGCGGUGAUACGGAUUCGGAUGUUUUGCCUACGACACAUCACCAUAGCCAUUUGCCACCACAACAGCAGGUGGGACAAGUGGCCGUAGCGGCAAAUAUUGAAUGUGCACAGCUGCAAAGUAAUUACGAACGUGAUUGGGCAUUGGACGAUGUGGUUUCGCAGAUCUCAUCCUUCCGUCCGUGUCCACAAGGUUCGGGUAGCAUGACACCAUUUCACGAUUCAAUACAUAAUGUACUCGAGCAUUCGGAGAAUUCGAGUCGCGGUUCGGUAAAUGACGUUUGCGGUGGUUCACGUCAAGAUCUCAGCACUGGUGGCAUUUCUACGGAUACGGGACGUGAGCAUGCGCUACAAUUGAGUAGUUUUAGUGGUAGCGGCGAUCAAAAGGCACCCUCGAUCAGUUCAGGUGUUUCCAAUGCGGUUGCAAAUGGUUUGGGCGGUUUCGCCUACAAGCCGCACACCAAACGUUAUUCCAAUUCAUCGAUAUUCGUAGAGAACCGCGACAUUCUCAACGACUCGAUGGGUUUGAGCAUGGAAUCAUCGGUUGAUUACCCCGCCACGGAGAGCUAUCGACACGCAAACACAUUGACGCCGCCCAGUGCAGCGGAUGUCGAAGCUGAAAGUGAACAGCUGGAUAAAUUUCUAACGAAAGACUUACGUCGCUACUCGGACACAAAACUGGUGAUCGGACCAGACAGCGAACCGAUGCUGGGCGCCGAAGUAAACGACGUCUUACUGCCAUCAGCAGUGCCCAUAGAACCCGUGUACUCAAUGAGAAGCACAUUACCGGCAGGCGGCAAUAAACGUAUACGGCAACUGCUAAAACAAAAUUCGGCUACUGCGGCAGAUACAAUACUGGAUAUGGAACUGCCCACGUCACCGCUAUCGCCACCAGCCGCCUAUGCGGUAAAUGUAACAAUGCCAACGACGCGUCAGACACAGGCAGCCUUGCGCCGAUCCCUACACACGGUGGAUGAGUUGGGCGCGGGCGCAAAUGCGCAGGACUUGCUGAGAAGCAGAGCCAUACCCAGCACGGCUGCAACGACGAGUAUGGGCACGUCCAGACGGCAGUCCACGUCGACGCCAAUGUUUAAAUCGUUGCCAAAUUUGAGUGGCAGUUGCGAAAAUCUGCUCAGAAAAUGAGCGAACACAGCAAUUCUGCCCGACUUCAUCGAGUCCAAUACUUAAAUGAAGUGUAUGCAUCUAUCUACCUACCUAUAUGAAAAUAUGGAACUAAAUGUACUGAGUUGACGCUCUCUAAGUUGUUGUGUACGCACA